ACUAACUGCGCGUGGAUUAUUAAACACAGACGGAUCUGAAUAUUCACCUGUGAGCAGAAAGCAGCUUCGAAACGGAUUUAAUGAUUCUCGGAUUUCCUUUACUGUGAAGUGGAAUUAUUCUUUAUUUAGUUGUGACUCUCCCUCGUGGUGGAUAAUGUGGAUUCUUACCGUUUAACGCACUCUUCAGGCUUUUAAACUGUUUCAACCACGUGACGUUUUAGGAGUAUUCAUUUUUGUUUCCAAAAAAACAUUUUUUUAAACUUUAAAAACGCGACUUUCCCUGAAGCCUACUUCCUCUAAAAGACUGAAAUAUACAUUUUAUUUAGUUUUAUAUUAAUAUAAAAACCCGGAUUUAAUUGCUGCUGUCACAGAACACUCGUUGCCAGACGAGGCACGUGCCGGCAUGUUUCCGCGGGCAUGGGAGGUUUAACAAAUGUUCAAUCAUCCCCAAAGAACUGAACAAAGACCGAGAAGAGGGAACCAGGAACCCGCUGAGUUAACCGGGGAUCAAUCAUUCAGCUUGGACUACCUGCUGGGCUUUGGAGGAUGGCCCGCUGGAGGGAGGGCGCCGUCCGCCUGCUGGUUCUGCUGGUUCUGCUGGUUCUGCUGGACCCGCCGCGGCCUGUCGCGGGGCGAUCGCUCCGACACCGCGUCCCGAGACGCCAAACCCGGGAACACCACCGGCAGCCGCUCCGGAACAUCACGCUGGCCGUCAUCCUGCCGCAGACCAACACUGACUACCCGUGGGCGUGGCCUCGCAUCGGGCCCGCCUUGGAACGGGUCGUCAAGACUGUCAACGCCGACCCCACUUUGCUCCCGGACUACAACCUCACCUACGUCUUCAAGAACAGCGAGGACAAGGACGGCAUCUGCUCCGAGUCCAUCGCGCCGCUCAUGGCCGUGGACCUCAAACUGGCGUAUGACCCGUGGGCUUUCAUCGGGCCCGGCUGCUCCUACACCUCGUCGCCCGUCGGCCUCUUCACCACCCACUGGGACGUCCCAAUGGUUACGGCGGGCGCCCCGGCCGUGGCCUUCUACGGCGGCGUCUACCCGUCCAUCACCAACACGGGCCCCACCCACAAGAAGCUGGGGAGGUUCGCCCUGCAGAUCUGUGAGCACUUCGGGUGGCGGGAGCACGUUAUGCUGGUGUUCAACGACAACAAGGCGGACGACCGGCCGUGUUACUUCGCCGUGGAGGGUCUGUACACGGAGCUGAAGAGCGUCAACAUCACCACCGUGGACCAGGUGUUCGAGGAGAACAAGCUGCCGGUCAACUACUCCCAGAUCCUCUCCGACAUCCAGAACGACGGCCGAGGUGAGUCGGUUCACAUCGUUUUAUUGUACGUCUAGUUUGUGAAAUGUUCCCACGGGUUCUAACAGACGAGACGCUUUCACAGAGUCCACUUGGUUCUGGUAGCUGAGACCCGACCUGGGGCCCAAUAUUCAGGCCCUCCACAUAUAGAUUGUUUCAGCUCAUUUCCUGUUGAAGUGUUUGUGAUUGACAUCAGCUGACAGGAAGUAAACAUGGACCCACGCUGUUCGAAACGGUCGAUAAAGAUAUGUUAUUUUUUUAAACAGAUAUUUCCCCCUUCCUGUUAAAGAUCCGGUGUGUUGGAUCUGGCGCCAUCUAGCGGCAAGAUUGCAACCAGUUGAAGCUUCUUAUGUUGAAAACGUGAACACGUGAAUAG